AUGAAAGAAAAUACAAAUAUGGGUUACACCGAUCAUAAUCAGACUAAGUUUUGCAACAUAUUGUCUAACUUGAAAAAAUACUGUUGUAAUACAAGUGAUGCUAAUUCAUUAAUUUUUAGUAAUAAUUCCAUUAUAUUAAAUAAUAUUAGGGAUUAUAAAAAUGAAGCUAGCAUUAAACAUGAAAAUAAUAUAAAUCGUGGCUAUCAUCAAAACAAUACAUUAUCUAAAGCAAGCUUGAAUAAUGAUAACAUUAAUAGUACAUAUGGAGAUUAUAUAGAUAAUAGUACAUUUUCUUCAUUAAAUAAACAUUAUAAAGAAAAAAAUACAAAUGUAAGUAGUGAAAUUUAUAUGCAUGAAACUGAUAGAUUACCACAUUUAUAUGAAAAUUUAGACUAUGAUAAUACAAAAGAUAAAUAUUUUUUUCAGGAUAUUUCACAUAUAAAUAUAGAUAAUACACCACGAGGAGAAACUUUAACAGAAGAGAAGAAUAAAGGUAUAAUAAUUAAUAAAAGAAAUGACAAUAAAAACAUAAAUUACACACAACACAAAAAUAAUAUUAUAAAGUAUAAAAUAUAUAGAAAUGGAAAUAAGCUUAACUAUAAAAAUGAUUUUGGUAAAAAUAACAAUUAUGAUCCCACACAAAAAGUAUAUACAAGUGUGAAUUAUGACAAUAUUGUAUAUAAGAAUGAGUAUAUAAAUAAUCAGAAAAUGUAUAUUUAUGACAAUCCCAAUUUUGAAAAUAAUCAAAUAUAUUUUCAACCAAUAAAAUUUAAUCAGAAUACAUCAACUAUCAAUACACACAAUGAUAAUAAGAAAGAUAAAACGGUAGGGCCUUUAAUGGAUCAUUUAUAUAUUGAUAUAAAAAGUGAAGGCAAUGAAAAAGAAAACGAAAAAUUCGAUGGAAUAGAAGGAGGGUUAAGCAAAUAUAAUCAAUCAUGCAAUACUAUUAAUGAAACAAUUAUUAUUCCUGCAAAUGAACAACCAAAAAACUUCUCUAAUAGUGUACCUGGUUUAUUGGAUUUAGACGAAAAAUCUAAACCGAAAUUUGUGAACAAUUCCAAUCAAACUAUUAAUAAAAGAAAGAAAAAACGAGUUAGAAAAAUUAAAAGAAGAUCGCCAGCUUUAGUAAAAAACAAAAAGAAACAAAAAAAAAUUACAACAAAAAAAGGGAAAACAAAAAACCCUAAGUUGAAAUUAAGAAGUUCUAAUAAGAAGAAAAAAAUGACAAUUAAAAAAGAAAAUAAAACAAAAAAAAUUAAGAAUAUGAAUAAUAUUAAGAAGAGCCAUGCCAAGAAAUUUAAAAUUAGUACUAAUAUUAAUAGUUCAAGAAAAAAAAUUAAUACCCGAUCAAAACGUAUAUUAGUAUAUAAAAGAAAGAAUAGUCAACUAAAAAAAAGACAGAUUAAAUUUAGAGGAAAAAUAAUCCCACAUGUAACGAAUAACAAAAUGAUAAAUGGUAUCCUAAUUAAGAAUACAGAAAAACGUAAUAAAUUUCGACACAAUAAAAUCAGUAUAGAAAAAAAAAUAAAAAUAAAUAAUAUAUAUAAUGGAAAAGACAUUGUACGUUCGAAUUUUAACAAAAAAGAUGAUUCAAAAAAUAGUAUAAAUUAUAUAAAAAAAAAGAAAAAUGUUACAUAUGAUGAAACAAUUAAUAAAGACCAAUAUUUAAAACCGAUAAGACAUGUGGAAAAUGAAAAAGAUGAAAAAGAUGAAAAAAAUUUUAAACUGAAUUCUAUUAAUAAAAAAGAUAUUAAUGGAAUUCACGAGGAAAAUAAUUCAAAAACAGUGCAUUCCGCACCUAUUAAUAAUACAAUUAUUCAAUGUAGUGAUAAUGGUUGUGUUAAUAAUAAUAAGGAUACCCCAAAUUUAAGCCCUAAUUUUUCCACUCUAUCAUCUGAGCCUUCUACACUAAAAAGGGGUGAUUCUAAGUAUUUAAAAGAUAACAAGAAUGCUGAUGUUGCAGAUAACAAUGAAAAUAACUGUAAAAAACAAAAUUGUUGUGAUCUACAAUUGGAAAACAAACAUGAUGUUAUUGUAGUGGAUGAUAAUAAAAAUGACACAUCUUCAAAUAAUUUAAAGGAUUAUGAUGAAAAAAAAUUAUUUUAUGAAUUACUGAAUAUUCUAGUAAUAAAAUUAAUUAAAAAAAAAUUUAAAAGACCAUUUAGUAAUAGCUUUUCCAUAGACAAUGGAAAUAUCCAAGAAUUGUUAUUUGAAGGGUCUGAUAAAAAUGAUAGCGAUACAACAUUAAAUUUUCUAAAAAGGAUUAAUGCUAUAUUAAAUAUUGGGAAUAUGGAAGGAGGUGAAUUUAAUAUUAAGGAAGAAAAAGAUAAAAGGGAAAAAAUAAAUACAAAUAUGAUCAGCAGUGCAAAUAAAAAUCGAAUUAAAUAUAGCCAGAUGGGGGAUUUUUCUGAAGAUAUGGAAAAAAUACGUAAUGAUAUGGUAGAUCAUGAUAAUUAUUUUUUUCCAAUAAAAAGGGAAAUUAAUAUGAGAAGAAGUAAAAGCAAUGAUUCAUUUUUUGACAGUAAAUAUAUGAAAGAAGAAGAGAAACGCAUAAAAUUGAUUAACACAUUUUUAAAAAAUGGUUCUUCCAUAAAAUAUAAAAUUUGGAAGGACACAAAUGGGAAUAAGUUAUUUAAAUCGAAUUUAAUACAACAACGUUCACUCUUUCAGAAACACGAAAACUCUGAAAAUAAAAUAAUUUAUGUUUUAAAUUCUAUAAUUUUUUACUCAAAUAAAUUAAAAAAUAUGCUAAAUAUUUCUAUUAAAAAAGGAAGAUAUCCCAAUGGACAUGCAUUAAAGAUAAAAAUUUUUAUGCUUAGUUUGAUAUUUUUAAUUAAAAAGGUUAAAGAGGAUUGUUUUUUUUGUGAUUUUUUUUAUUUGAAACAAGUUAUAAUUUUAAUAAAAGAAAUUAUUGAAAGUCUUAAGCCAAUGAUAUUGAAUCUUACAAAUAAAACCGAAGUUACAAAAUUUGAAUCUGUUAUUAUAAAAAUAUAUUUUAUAGAAUUAUGUAAAAUGUCUAAUCUGUUAUAUUCUCUAGAUAAUAUAACCACAUCGAAUACAAAUUGUUUAUCUUCUUCAUUAGCAUCGAAAGAUAUUGAAUUAUUUUCUUCAAAAAUGAAUAAUUUGAUCAAAUCAUCGAUAAAUAUAAAAUGUAAGAAUAGCAGUGGAACUAGUGAUAUAACAUAUACUAAUGAUGAUGUAAAGAAAAAGGAACAAAAUGGUCAAGUAAUGCAUAAUGAAGAACAUGAUAAGAAUACUAUUGAUACUAAUUGCAGUAACAAUAAUAAUAUUUUAUUUAAAAAAAAAAUGUGUAUAUAUAGUUAUAAAAAAGAAUGCCUAGAUACUAAAUAUUAUAAUAAGAAUGAUGAAAUAAAUAAUUAUAAUAGUUAUUAUUUUUUAAUAAAAAGACUAAAGAUUGAUUUAAAAGAGUUAGUAAGGAAUGGGAUAGAUAGGCUUUAUAACAUUCGGUUAAUUUUACAAUAUUUAGACAAACUAAGUUAUAUUUGUAAACCUCUAAAUAAUUUCGAAGAUCAUAUAAGUAGUAAUAAUAAGAUUAAUAAAAUAAUAAAAAAUAUUAACGUACAAAAAUGUUUAUUCUUUGAAAAUAAUAAAGAAAUAAUUUUAAAUAAAAAAAUGACAAGUCGCAUAAAAAGUGUUAUGAAAAGAUUAACAAAUUUGAUUAACCAUUUGAGUGAGAUAUCGAAUGAUGGAAAUUACGAAAGCAAUUUUAUGUCUAAGUCAACUAGUAGUGCAAUCGAAGUAACAAAAUGUGAUAAUAGCAUGGGAAAAAAUAUAUUUUUUUUAAAAGAAAAAAAUGAUAAAUAUAGCUACAUAGAUGAAACAGAGGAAUUCGACAAAAUAAAUGCUCGUUUAAAUAGUAUUAUUAAUUUGGAAAAUAAAAAUUUAGGAACGUUACAGGUUUCUAAUAAACAUUUUAAUGUUAUGAAAAAGUAUAAUCAAGAGUUGUCUUUAUUAAAUGAAUUGCAAAGAAAUGAUAAACUUUUAAUUAAUGAUCCUAUUGAUAACAUAAAUAUUUCUGAUUUUUCGAACCUUUUAAAAUAUUAUGUAAAUACAAGUAGAUGUAAUAAAAAAUAUAUGAACAAAAAUGAUGAUCUACCAAAAUAUUUAAGAGAGUUAUAUAUGCAAGAUCAACAUUCUUUAUUAAAUUUUAAAAAUAAUAUAUUUAACACUAUUCCCGAAAAUAUAUAUUCUAUGGAAUGGAACCCAAAAAAUUCAGCUUAUGAAAAUAUUAACAAUACCAGCAAAUUAAAAGAGGAUAUUUUUGAUAUAAAGAAGUAUAAGAAAACUUUGAUGCAAAAAAAAAAUAAAUUGAAAUCAUUUUCAUCAGAAUCAAUCGAAUUAAAUAAAAAGGGAAAUCAUGCCAUCAAAUAUUUUAAAAUGUAUUAA